AUGUUUCGACCUCGCUUUUUCAAAUUAUCCAGUCGCAUAUGUUUGACAUGUGCCCGGAGGAAAUAUUCCAAUGUUACUGGAAUUAUCGGUACAAAACCCGACACUUCUUCACCUGAAUAUAAAGAAAACUAUUCUCGCAUGCUUGGACAUGUUAAUGAACUCAAGUCAAGAGUGGCAAAUAUUUUACAAGGUGGUGGAGAGAAAGCCAGAACUAGACAUACAUCCAGAGGUAAAAUGCUCCCAAGGGACAGGAUAAACACACUUUUAGAUGUUGGUUCCCCUUUCCUCGAGCUUGGGCAGUUGGCUGGCUAUGAGUUGUAUGGUAAAGAAGAAGUUCCAGCUGGUGGACUCAUUGUUGGUAUUGGCAGAGUCUCAGGCAUUGAAUGUAUGAUUGCGGCCAAUGAUCCCACUGUUAAAGGUGGGUCUUAUUAUCCAAUCACAGUGAAGAAACACUUGCGAGCCCAAGAAAUUGCCCAAGAAAAUAAACUUCCAUGCAUUUAUUUAGUCGAUUCUGGUGGGGCCAACUUGCCCCGUCAGGCUGACGUCUUUCCCGACAGAGACCAUUUUGGACGCAUCUUCUUCAACCAAGCUAAUAUGUCUUCUCGUGGUAUUCCUCAGGUUGCUGUUGUACUGGGUAGUUGUACGGCGGGUGGGGCUUAUGUCCCUGCCAUGGCUGAUGAAAGUGUCAUUGUACGUAAACAGGGAACCAUUUUCCUUGCAGGUCCUCCUUUGGUAAAAGCAGCCACAGGUGAAGAAGUAUCAGCAGAAAAUCUUGGAGGAGCAGAUUUGCAUUGUGGCAAAUCAGGAGUAACCGAUCACUAUGCCCACGAUGAUGAACAUGCACUUACAAUUGCACGGAGGAUUAUCAGCAACUUAAACUAUGAGAAAAAACCAAAUGUAACAAUUAAUGAAGUUGAAGAACCUAUUCAUCCGGCAGAUGAAUUGUAUGGAAUUGUAGGCGACAAUCUGAAAAGGACGUUUGAUGUUAGAGAGGUGAUUGCAAGAAUUGUUGAUGGAAGUCGAUUUGAUGAAUUUAAGGCCAUGUAUGGAGAAUCGGUUGUGACAGGAUUUGCUCGUCUUUGGGGAUAUCCUAUUGGAAUCCUGGGUAACAAUGGUGUCUUAUUUUCUGAAUCUGCAUUAAAGGUAAAUGACUCUUUGAUUCAAAAAACACUUUCAAAAUCUAUCUAUCUCUGUCUCUCUGUCUAUCUAUCUAUCUAUCUCUCUCUCUCUGUCUAUCUAUCUAUCUCUCUCUCUCUGUCUAUCUAUCUAUCUAUCUCUGUCUCUCUGUCUAUCUAUCUAUCUCUGUCUCUCUGUCUAUCUAUCUAUCUCUGUCUCUCUGUCUAUCUAUCUAUCUCUGUCUAUCUAUCUAUCUAUCUCUGUCUAUCUAUCUAUCUCUGUCUAUCUAUCUAUCUAUCUCUGUCUAUCUAUCUAUCUAUCUGUCUGUCUGUCUAUCUCUGUCUCUGUCUGUCUGUCUGUCUGUCUGUCUCUGUCUGUCUGUCUCUGUCUGUCUAUCUGUCUCUCUGUCUGUCUCUGUCUCUCUGUCUGUCUCUGUCUGUCUAUGUCUGUCUGUCUGUGUCUGUCUCUGUCUGUCUGUCUGUCUCUGUCUGUCUGUCUCUGUCUGUCUCUGUCUGUCUAUCUGUCUCUGUCUGUCUGUCUGUCUCUGUCUGUCUGUCUGUCUGUCUAUCUCUGUCUCUGUCUGUCUAUCUCUGUCUCUGUCUGUCUGUCUAUCUCUGUCUCUCUGUCUGUCUCUGUCUAUCUCUGUCUCUGUCUGUCUCUCUGUCUGUCUGUCUGUCUCUGUCUGUCUAUCUGUCUCUGUCUGUCUGUCUGUCUGUCUGUCUCUGUCUGUCUGUCUGUCUGUCUCUGUCUGUCUAUCUGUCUCUGUCUGUCUGUCUGUCUCUGUCUGUCUAUCUCUGUCUGUCUAUCUGUCUCUGUCUGUCUGUCUGUCUAUCUCUGUCUGUCUAUCUAUCUAUCUCUGCAACACAUUUUAUUGAACUCUGCUGCCAGCGAGGGAUUCCACUCCUCUUUUUACAGAACAUCACAGGUUUCAUGGUGGGUCGUGAAGCUGAAGCUGGAGGUAUUGCCAAAAAUGGUGCCAAAAUGGUGACUGCAGUCGCCUGUGCCAAAGUGCCCAAAAUUACAGUGGUCAUUGGAGGAAGCUAUGGUGCCGGCAAUUAUGGUAUGUGUGGCCGAGCAUACAGUCCACGUUUUCUGUACAUGUGGCCAAGCGCCCGCAUUUCUGUAAUGGGAGGAGAACAAGCGGCUAACGUAUUAGCACAGAUCACUCGGGAACAGAAAAGACGAGAAGGAAAACCCUGGACUGAGGAAGAAGAGAAUGCAUUAAAGAAGCCAGUGAUAGAAAAAUACGAAUUAGAAGGAAGUCCGUAUUACUCCAGUGCAAGACUUUGGGAUGAUGGCGUGAUUGACCCUGUUGAUACUCGCAUGGUCGUUGGACUUAGCCUGAGUGCUGCCUUGAAUUCUCCUGUUGAACCCACAAAAUUUGGCGUCUUCCGCAUGUAG